UAAUCUACUUGUAAUAUGCCUUCGCCCCUUUGCCUUCGCUUGACCACAACUAGACAGUCUACAAGAUGCUGAGAAAAUGUUCGCUUCUUGAAUUUCCUGAUGGAGUCACCUGAUUUAUAUUUCAACUGAAUUGAUUCGACCAAUGUUACUUCCAUUCUCUCAGCAGGAAUCGUGCCAAAAUAUGCUACUUGCUAUAAUGGCAGAAUUCACUGUUCAGCUAGUUCAGUCCCGUAUACUAACUUUAGUGUAAGUUAAAGUGCUCAUCUUUGGCUUUGCCUUGGGCUUGGCCUGGCUUUGCAUUUGGCACUUGUGGUUGGUGACUUUGGAGACUUGAAUUUUGUUUUCGUUGACGUUUCAUCUCUCUGUAACGAAGAUGGUGGCGUUUGGAAGUAUUUUGAUUGUGUUGAUUGUCAUUUUAUAUAAUGAGUAUGUGUAUUCACUCUAUGCACCACCGCUAAGAGUAAUUGAUCUUGGGAAUCUCAACUUUGAGGCAUCAUGGAACCCUAUAGAAAACUAUACUGGCAUGUACCACCUUACAUCGGAUCCUGGUAAAAAAUGUAGAAACCUUUGUUACACCAGUGCUACAAGUUGUUUCCUGGGAGGAAAACUGCUGGAAGACAAACCAUGUCCAUUGAUCUCUGUCUUAGCUGUAACACUUGAAGUAGAUGGGAGAGCGCCAAGUAGUAAAUGGAUCUUGAAUAGCCAUUUCAGAGUGGGGGCACCAAACAUCCUCUCUCCAGACAUUCUCAUCGACUCCACGAACAUCACCAUCGUCAUCCAAGGGGCUCAAACUCCGCUGUAUUAUGAUCAUCGGGACCGGAGAUGUCGAGGGGAAUCAUGGGAGGGGGAGAAAUCCCCGAUCUAUAUGGGCCAGAGAGUAUCAAAAGAUGGGGUUAAGUGCGAGUAUAAUCUGACCGAUGCUUAUGGAUCAAGAGCCAAUCAUGAUCUCAAGAAUUACUUUGGUGAGCUGAAUGAAAAUAAUGGAAAACUGCACAUCUUCCUACACAAGCUGACGCCCUUCUCAAACUACAGCAUAGUGAUAUGGUGCAAGCUAAAUAAUGUGGACGGGAAAAGCACAGUUUACAAUUUCACCACAAAGGAAGAUGUCCCUUCAAGUGGUCCGACUAUUGUGAAAACAAGUUCUGAAGGACUAGGAUGUGAUAAGCCGGACUUGAGAAAUAUCACCUUCACGAUCCAGCCUCCUGCAGAGGACCAACGCCAUGGCAUACUCCUAUUCUAUGAGAUCUGUUACCGAGUUGUCUCCAGCAAUCCAGAUGAAGAAUGGCAUUCUGAGAUCCUGAACCUGCCAUCCCCUCCUCCAGACUCCAACAUAGUGACCCUAAAGGAUACUUCCCGAUGGGAUGCGUACGAGGUCAAGGUCUUCGCCAAUAACUCCGUCGGUGGGAUGUCAAGCUCGGUGUAUCAGUUUGAGGUCUUGAAGUCAAAACAAGCACAGUCCCAGCCUCAGAACGUGACAACCAAAGAAAUCAAGCAGGGUGUCUGGCUGUUGAAAUGGGAAAACCCAUGGUCUCUUCACAGUGGAGACUGCAUCAAGAACUAUGCUGUAUCGACUGAGGAAAAGCACUUAGGAUUCACAAACACUACAUCCUACAUACUGGACACUCAUUUGAUUGGCCCUGUGUAUACAGUGAAGAUUACGCCGAUGGUUUACAACGGGACUGGACCAGCAAUCAAAGGCUCAGAAAUUUCAACAGAAGCGAUGCCCAGGAGUAGUCCAAUUAGUAACAAAUUUAUACUCAUCCUAUCCAUACUGCUAGCCGUCUUCAUUUUCUUGUUGAUUGUAUGUGCCUACCUGUGUGUAAAGCACGGGCCUCGCUCAACACAGCCAUUUGACAUCAGCAAUAAUGUGGUUCUUAAAGCAGCUCUUGCCAUGGGAGAUAUUAGACCCAAGAUACCAGAGAGAGAAGAAUUUGAUACCCUGGUAGGUAUCCCCCCUCAUCCCCCUCCUCCUCCUCCACAUGGUGAUGAUGGUGAAGAUGAGACGGAGACAAUUGCUCUGAUCGAGACGCCCCCUGCAGGAAGAGUUGGCGGAGAUGCAUCGCCACACGCUCCCAUUCCUGAUCGGUCUCCGCCUCAUUCAACAGAGGGCUCUCUUUCAGAGGAAUGCGAUCCCAUCGUUGCCAUGGAAACAGAUGGAGGAAAUGCACAAUCUCUAGCACCCUCAUCUUCUUCAUGCGGAAUUGAUGAUGGCUCUAGGGAGAUGGUCUUUAAAGAAUCCUUGCAGUGCAGUGGUAGCAGUAUGGACACCAGCUGCAGUGAGGACAGCUUAUGUCCUCCACCAAGGUACCCAUCUCCCACUGACUCGGGCUAUGUACAGUCUCCUCCUCCCCAGAUGCAGCCAGCCUCUUACCAAGCUAAACCUGCAGAAGACAAUGGGUACUUUAGGUUCGAUGCCUUCACAAACCAUCUUUGCAAGGUCUUGAUAGAUAACGGCAAGCUUCACCCGGGAGGUGAUGCAAACAAUAGAAGUCAUGAUGAUGCGGUGAUGUCAUCCAUUCCACAGUAUACAGACAGUGGUUAUGUAGCAGGAACUCCAAUGAGUUCUGCUUCGAUGUAUCCAGAGACCGCGCCCUUCCCUGACAAGUACUCCAUGUUGAAAGCAACCAGGAAGCAGGCAUCCAUUGACUCUGAAGACACAGCGACCUCCGGUAGCCUGUCCCCAUCGGAUUCAGAGAUAGGUGAUGGGGUGGGGUCGUACACCAAGCUGUCGCAUCCCAACACUCCCCUAUCGCCAAGGAGCAACGCAUUGCCUGGGGAGGAACGGCAAGCAGGUUGGGAUUCAGAGAAAGAUUUCAAUUCCAUCCAGUUUCUCCUGCAUCGACUUAACGAUCAUGCCCAGCAUCCCGACCUCUCUGAUGUUGCUUAAAUCUUGUUGGUUAAAAAAUGUUUGUUGUUUAUUCUGAAACAUGCAAUAAUAUAUUUCACAUGAUAUUUCUUUCACAUCCUCAGGUAUUGUAUGUGUAUGCGUCACAUCUAUAUUUAUACAUAAUGGAAAAGGAAGAAAAUGGAAGGAUGAAAAAUGAUUUACACUUAUUUAUCAUAUACAAUUUAAAAACAUCUCGCUUGUUAUAUCCUUAUUUAUUAACGCUUCUUCUUAUGAUGUAUUUCUUCUAUAUAUGUAUAUAUAGGUACAGUAUAGCACCAUCAGGGUCGUGCUUGACAGACCUAAGCACUUUACUAGAAGCCACCAUUAUUUAUUAUGAAUAUACAUGUAUUCCCAGCAUCAAAGUGUACUUAAACUUAAAGUAAGACAAAAACGGUUUGCCUGUAAUAUUGUAUAUAUUAUACAUUUUUGGUGAAGUAUUUAAAAGCAGUGGAGGAAAGAAGCAGUAUUUCACAGUACAAAGAUCCAUGUCUUCUCUGAACUUGAUGCAUCAAGUAUCAGGACAAGUAGGGUAAUCAAAAUUAUUUCAGGGCAGUGUGUCACAAAGACUAAGAUCAAAUUAAGUUGGACUUAACUAUGGCAGGCUGCUCAUGCCACUAUUUUCUCUCAUCAUUCACUGGCAUUGGUUUAUCUUGGGACGUAUCAAUCGUGGUCUCAAAUCUACAGAAUUUACAUUUUUUGAUAGUUCAUUAUUGAAGUAAAAAAAAUAUUAUUUAAAGAUCAUAAUUGAGAGACCAUUGGUGAGAACAACUAGUGGCAUGAACCAGAACGGCCUGCCAUAGUUAGGUCCAACUUAAAGUCGAUCUUAGUCUUAGAAGCACAAGAUGAGGAAAGUCUGGAAAGUCAUGAUACUUUUAUCAUAACGUCUUGAUUCGUUUAGAAAGAGCACUUUUUAGAUCAUUGAUUAAGUAAGUUACCAGUGUCGAACCCUCUAACUACUGAAUUCUCUCAUUACUUGUUGUUAGGUAGGACAGACAUUAUGGCCUGUCCUACCUAACAUCAGUUAAUAUAUGCUUUUUGCAUUCUGAAUAUUGAAAUCCAAUUAAUUUGUAAUGGGUAAAUGACAUAAUUUGUAUCAAGGUAUCAAGGCACCUUACACAUGCAUUCAAUUUGGUUACAUUACUGAAACGGCCUAUGUGACAAGGUAUAAUGAAAGUGGUGAAGGCUGUAGAUUCUCAUCUGAGAGGUCUCAGGUUCAAUCCCUGCUUGGUGCUAUACAUCCUUGGCCAAGGUGCUUUACCUAAGUUUGUCCCUCUCGACAAAGGUCAAUUAAAUAGGUACCUAGUUUUUUGACUCACACUGUAAAUGUGGCUGCCCUGGGUAAAAAAAAAUACCACAUUGUUAUAUACUAAUUGUUUAAUUUUCUAGUGACUAUUCAGUAUAAGCUUUAACAAACUUUGCAGUAACAGUAAUUUGUUGAAUAGUUUUGAUGUUUUGGGUAUUUUAUGUGCCUUUUGAAAAAGUGACAGUAUUUAUAGUAGGCUUUCGACUUUGAAUGGUGCAAGUUAACGUUAUUUACUCAUUUUCUAGGAGGUACAUUGUAAUUUAAUUUCUGUUUGAAAGUAGAUUUGGACAAAUUGAUUGUGCCACUUGCCUUUUAUGGCAGUCGCCAUAGGUAUAUUGUACAUUCAGUAUUGACUAGCAGGGAAUAGAAAGACUUGGUAGCACUUAAAAAGUGUUGUUUAGACAUGACACACCAAAACCACAGCAUUUUUUUAAUGUAGGAUGACAAUGUAAUAUGCUUCACAUUUUUGUAUCUUAUAACACAGAGCCCAAUUAAUAUGCGCAGGGCUUUUCUUUCCUUUCAUUUACAUGUUAAAUAAUCUGUGGCGGCUGUUUGCGGUUGCGUCAUAUAACAAGCCUUUACUGUAAUAUGCAGCACCAAUGUAUUUUGCUUUGGUUCAAAACUAACACUUAGUUCUUCUUGUCGAUCCAGCAUCACCUGACACGUCUCUGCACAUGUCUUUUGACCAUGAACGCUGAUAAGCCUGGGUUUGACACCAACAUGGGUUUGGUGCACGCAUAUUACUACUUCAAAGAGAUAUUGCAAUUUAAAUACUUUUAAGUGAUCAGUAAAAAGUCUUGUCGAGUAGACUAAUUAAUUCGUGCAUAUGCAGUUGCAUAGGUUCUGUGCAAAGAGAUGUUGUAAUUUAAAUACAUUCUGAGUGAACAAGUAGACUUGGGCUCUGUAUAAUCUGUAACGCGUUUUAAUAGAGACAUCAUAGAUGUAUUAAGCGCUUUAUAAAGGCGGAAUAUUAUAAUAUUAUUCUGCUGCGAGCAGGGUUUGAUGUUAUCCUCUAUUUCCUUCUAUUACUCCUCCAUCGUUUACCUAUAUAAUGGCAGAUAAUUUUUUUGGGGGGAGUAUUUUAAACAGUCUAGCUGUAGACAAAUAAUAUUUGUAGGUGAUUGGUAAAAUGAUAGACAAUAAUAUGGCCAUUAACAGAUGAUAAUAAUAAUAUUUAAUUUUUAUAUAGCGCUUAAUACAAAUGUCUCUAAGCGCUUUACAAAUAUACUAUUAUGAUACUCCAUGUAUGAAACAAAAGCAUAUAUAUAUCCACAUUUUUUAUAUAAAUAUAUUAUGAAUUCACAAAGAGGAGUACUAACAGAUUAUGAUAUACAUGUACAUGGGCUGAUGAAACCCUUAUUAAUGAAAACUUUACCAUUGUGCACUUUUAAAAGAAAAUCAGUUUUAUUACACUUCUA